CUGAAGUGAAACUAGCAAAACAAAAGUCAAGCAACAAGUUGUGGGAAAAGUCAUAUGUUAAGUUUAUAGGUUAGGCCCUAUACCGAUAUCUAUACCUAAAGAAAUGUACAGGCGUAACUAUCCAGAUGACCCUGGAAUGCACAACAUGUCAAAUGAUCGACACACUCGCACCACCUUCAGAGGGAACCCGACGUUUUUUGAAAGAGUUGGAAACAGCUGUGCUGGAAUUCUUAUAGGAAUUGUUUUGCUAAUUGUUGCUUCCGGUCUUCUGUUUUUCAAUGAGGGGCGAGCAGUUCAGACCGCUCAAUCACUUGAUGAAGGUUUAGCCAGUGUGGUUCCCUUAGAUAAUGCUAAUGUUGUGUUUGACACCAACAAUGGUAAACUUGUUCACCUUACUGGAAAACUAAGCACUGAGAGGGUGCUGACAGAUGCGACCUACAACAUAGCAGUGCACGCUGUUCACCUGAGGAGAACUGUAGAGAUGUACCAAUGGGUGGAACAUCAAAGUAAAACGGAGUACAAUGAAGGCAGUCAUACCAGAACUGAAACCACCUACACCUACUCCCAGGAAUGGAGGACUGAUCUUGUGAGAAGUGAACAGUUUGAUAAUGAAUUCAGUCAUCGAAAUCCGACUUCCAUGGCUGUGCAGUCAAAGACACAGACAGCUCACCUGGUGAAGGUUGGACAGUUCCAGUUAUCUUCAGGUUUAGUCGCAAAAAUUGCCAACUUCAAGCCUGUUGAUCAGGACCUUAUUAACAAACCAGAAGAUCCAAACAUCCAUGUGUUAGAUGGACUUUUUAUACACAGCCUAAAGCCAAUGAAUCCUCAGGUGGGCGACCUCAGGGUAAAGUUUGAGUAUGCUGGUCUCAGUGGGCAGUCCAUGAUGGGAGAUGCAGAAACUGUGAGUAUAGUAGCACGACAGCUGGGUAGUGAGCUGAAGAGUUACAGUACCGUUGCCGGGGACAACCUAGAGUUCCUGUACCCUGGGGCUGUAUCUGCCAAGGCAAUAUUUUCCAAAGAACAUGCCCAGAACACUGUGAUGACUUGGGCCCUCAGAUUCGGAGGUUGGCUUCUUAUGUUUGUUGGCUUUGCAUGUCUAACAAACAUAAUUACUACUUUAGUUGAUUGGGUGCCAAUCAUCAGAAAUCUUGUUGCUGCUGGUGUCAUGAUUCUGAACCUAUCGCUGUCCAUCAGUUUGUCUCUCACUGUCAUUGCCAUUGGCUGGAUUAGAUACCGCCCUCUUCUGGGUAUCGGUAUAUUGGCAUUGGCAGCCACACCUUUCAUCAUGUCAAGAUUCCGACGACAGCAUCAUGGAACAGCCAGGUAUCCAUAGCAACACUCCUGUUUAUUCGUGUAACAGUGAAUUUGUUUGAAAUUGAAGUGUUGAAAAUUAAGUGAUCUCUCUGAUCUGUGUAUGAUAGAUAAAUAUAUGUCCUUCAAACAAGGCUACACAUACACUUAUACCCAAACCAUACUACAACUAGGAGCAUGUUAUUACUUUUAGUUCUGUAGUUAACAUUUUAA